UGGCAAGCAUCGUCCGGUGUUCUAGGUCCACGUCUGGGCCGCUUAGUUUCCUAUUCUGCCUCGUCUAUCUCACCAACCGCUUCGUCAGCGAUCAUGGACGCGGAUCAGAAGCGGGCGAGCUUCGAGCUGCAGCAGUUCCUGGAGCAGGAGAAGCAGAAGGCGAUGCUGAACGAGCUCGUCGCGAAGCUCACGGAGGUCUGCUGGGACAAAUGCGUCACAGGCGCGCCGGGUGCCAAGUUCAGCGGAUCGGAGUCUUCCUGCCUAACCAACUGCGCGCAGCGGUAUCUUGAUGUCAGCGGACUGGUCGUGCGGAAAUUCCAGGGCAUGCAAAGAUGACAGGUGGGGGAUCGGGAGUUAGGGGGAUCGUAGGAUUUUGUGACAUAGAAGGGUCUCAGAUCUAGCCUUAUGUCACUGAUGGCGCAUGCCUUAGAUUGGUGCCUGGUAGUGAGUUGUACCAGGUUUUGAAUAGUGGAUUGCUGGACUGCUGGUCCACUUCGAUCUGUCCCAUUACCAAACCCCGCCCUUCCCCCCCCUCCGUACCACCAUCACCCCUCCCUCCCUACGUCUUCUCCUUUCCGCGGUCUCAUGAGGGGGAAAAGGAGGGAGCCAGAACUUGGAGGUUUCGUAUGGCUGCUUGCGUGUGAGGAAAAAUGCAUGAUUCUCACACGUGCUAAGAAUUCCUCUGGCUACAAAACCCCUUGUUUC